AUGGAGCAGAGCGAACGGACAGCGAGACAAGAAACAGAAACAGACGCAAUCAGACCAAGCGGGGAAAUGGGGAAAUGGGGCAAAGGGAAAACCCGCAAUCAGAUCGAUAUAACACAAGCACAAGGAUCCGAAGCAGAGGACAGGGAUCUAAGGGAUGUGCUUCGAGGCUAA